AUGUUGAAAUCGAUACAGUCCCAACUUUUACGGUCGACCCGGCUGAGGCGACCAAUAUGUUCCAGCUGUUGUUUGUCCCACACGCAACGAAGAUGGCUCUCGGUAGAUGCUUUGGGCCCAGUGUCUGCCUUCAUUCACACCCCGCCCAAGGGUUAUGAACGGCAUGACGACCUUUUGCUCCGCGAUAUUUUCGAUUCGUCGACGCAUUGGAAGGAGUUUUCGGCACCGCCGUACAUAAACAAACCGGUCGGUCUGUUUAGGAAUCAGUAUCUGAGGACACCUAGUGGGUUCCUCACCUUCGCCCAGGUGAGCUUGAAGAGAGCGCGGGCCACCGUCGACAAGGUGCUGUCGGCAAAGACGGUGGAGGAAUAUCGAGGAGUUGUUCGCCAACUUGACAGGUUGAGCGAUAUCCUUUGUCGAGUUCUCGAUAUGUGCGAUUUCGUCCGUGUGACACACCCAGAGCUUCUCACCCAGCGCAGCGCCGACCAAGCUUGGGAUUUGGUAUAUCAGUACAUGAACGAGCUCAACACCAUGACUGGCUUAUACGAUCAGCUGAUCAAGGCCAUGUCGAACCCCGAUGUUACGUCUGUGUGGUCAGAAGAGGAAAAGGCUGUUGCUGAGGUGUUGAGGUUGGAUUUCACCAAGUCUGCCGUCAACCUGAGCCAAAGGCACCGGGAGCGUUUCGUGUGGUUGUCGUCGCAAAUCAGCACAGUUGGGUCUCGGUUCAUCCAGGGGAUGAAGCCAGAGUACCCCGAGAUUACUGUGCCGAGCAGCAAGCUUAUGGGCAUGGACCCGGUAGAGGUCAGAUCGGCCACUCGGUUUGGCCAGACCACCUUGGAGACACUGGGUUCAAAAGCCACUUUGGCGUUGCGGACGGUCAAGGAUCCUGAGGUCAGGCGUGCUCUCUAUCACGCUUCUCGUACAGCAUCUACCCGCUCGGUAGCUAUGCUCGAGCAUAUGGUCAAGUUGAGAGGCGAGCUCGCCGAUCUCUCAGGCUUUGAGAGUUAUGGCCAUCUGGCUCUUCGUGAUCGCAUGAUGGCCAAAAGCCCAGAGGCGGUGGACCAAUUUCUCCGUGCCCUGGCACAUAGCAACGGCCACAAAGCCAAAACAGAAUUGGCCGAGCUCAGAAUGUUGAAGGAGAGGGAGACAGGCAAGUCUGAGGAGGUUUACCCUUGGGAUAAGGACUACUACCAGGAGGCUCUUCGAAGAUCAGAGAGGGCGCCGACGCGGUCGGAUGACCUCUCGGCCUACUUUUCUGUCGGCGUCGUCAUGCAGGGCCUCUCCAGGCUUUUCACUCAACUGUACGGCAUCAGAUUUGUGCCAACGCAAACAUUGCCGGGAGAGACAUGGCAUCCGGAUGUGCGCCGCCUUGAUGUCGUGUCUGAUACAGAUGGUGUGGUGGCUGUGUUAUACUGUGAUCUUUUCUACCGGCCAGACAAGUCGCCCAACCCAGCUCACUUUACGCUCCGCUGCUCACGCGAGAUCUCGGCAGAGGAGGUGGACGAGAUCUGGCUUGAGAGCAAACACGAUCCAGAUGCUCAGUCUUUCCCGAGCCCGGAGCAGGCGGCGAACGACGGGAUGAUGUACUCCAAGCGUGGAAAGGCCGUGAUGCAGCUUCCCACCAUCGCCCUCGUCUGCGACUUUCCCCAGGCCGCCAGGGACCAGUCUGCUCUCCUGAACUUUUACGAGUUGGAAACGCUCUUUCAUGAGAUGGGCCACGCCAUACACUCGAUCCUAGCUCGUACCUCGUUCCAGAAUGUGUCUGGCACCAGGUGCGCUACAGACCUGGCAGAGCUGCCAUCGACAUUGAUGGAGUUCUUUGCCGCCGACCCGGCCGUGCUGGCGUUAUUUGCUCGGCAUUACCAGACGAACGAGCCGCUUCCUUACAAGCUGGUCACUCAAAAGCUCCACCAGGCGCGGAGGUUCGAGGGUCUGGACACUGAAAACCAGAUUAUCAUGGCAAUGCUGGACCAAAGGCUUCACUCAGCUGAAGCUAAUCGACCUGGGUUUGACUCUACCAAGAUAUUCCACCAGAUUCAGAGAGAGCUCAGCAGCAUGCAGCCUGAUCCAGAGGACACAAGAUGGCAAGGCUUUUUUGGGCAUUUGUCUGGGUACGGAAGCACUUACUACAGCUAUCUGUUCGACAAGGUGCUGGCCCAACGGGUUUGGGACGUGGUGUUUUCCGGUGGCGCAAACGGCUUGGCGCUAGAUAGACAAAACGGGGAGAGGCUUAAGGAGAGCCUCCUCAAGUGGGGCGGCGGUCGUGACCCAUGGACUUGCCUCUCUGAUGUUUUGAAGGACGAGAGGCUGGCUGAUGGCGGAGAGAAGGCCAUGGCUUUGGCCGACAUUCAUCCCAGCAACCCGGAACGCGAGAGCCGGGAAUCGAUCAAGCGAAAGAGCCAGUCGAUGAGUAGCGACUCGUCUCCUCUGACUGGUCAGUCGAUUUCUGCUGCGGUCGGCAAUGGUGACUCUCCAGUCCCCAACAAGAAGAGCAGGCGUGAGCAUGGGCAGACGAACAAUGGCCAGUCUCUUCUCAAUAGCCAGUCGAACCGCCCAGAAGGGAACUACAAGGCAUGCAAGCGCUGCAACUCUCUCUUUGUGCAACGGCACCUUGAGGCUGCCGACAAGACUGUCCCCUACCACGAGCGUACAAAUCUGUUCUGCGCCCGCUGUUUCAUGCGGCUCUAUAUCUGCGAAACAAGGUUCGAAAUGACCGACCUCGAGGCCCGAUGCGGACAAUUUGAUGAUGAUGCCAACGAUGGUAUCCAUGAGAACUGGGCAGUCCGGGUUAUGAUUCGGUCGUUGUCCAGUGAAGGUCACAAGAUCGUCAAGGCGGCUACAACUCCCAAGACCAAAGAGUUGUUGGAAGAGCAAGAGUGGACAAGAAUCAUUUCCCAUCUCGACAGAACCCUCAAUUGGAAUGCCGAGAAUGAUAUAGAUCUGGAACUUGAUUGGAAAGAGUGGAGGACCAACGCACAUCGAUGGACCGGUAUUGUCACCACGAAGCUGCUGCUUACUUUCUUCGAUCAGGAGACCCGGCGAGAUUCGGAUUGGAAAUGCGGCGGUUAUUGCUCGCAUUGCGAGCACUUUCCAGGACAGCCUUUGGGGCAUUUUCAUGAGAGGGUUGUCUUGGGGAAUUUUCCCGAGAGGGGUGUCUUGGGUCCUGAGCAGCCUUCGCAGCACUGGACCGAGGACGAUAAACUGUCGAACCUCACUUGGGACGAGUGGCUCGCCGAUUAUGACAAGUCGAAGGGGUAUGAUCAGGCCAUGAUAGACAAUCUUGCCGCCCUGGAUAGUCAACCCUAGUGGCGCGUCGAUUUUGCCUUUGGGUAGCCUCUUGCCUUGAGUUGGGCUUCGGGCCAAACUUGAUUUGCGGUUUCAUUUUCUUGCGUUUUUUCGCUUGAUCCUUUUGUGGUGGGGGGGUUGGUUGUUCAAAGGAAGUUGUAGCUCCUUGACGGGUUCUCUUUCGGUCUUGGAUUGGGGUUCUUUGUUGGCUUUGAGAUACCCAUGAUUUCACACUCUGGUUUUUAACGACAAUACCCGCUAUACCGCCGGCGGUAGCCUUGAACAGCAUUUUCUACGCUGCAUCAUAGGCAUUAGCUUUUCGUUUAUGUUUUGUUCUUGUUUUCGGGGUGGAAUAUGGGUUGUACUUUUUAUGUUAUUGAUUGGUGUUGUAACAGGUGUGGUAUUUUGUAUUUUGUUUGUUUUUCUCGUUUUGUUUCAGUGCCUUGGGAUCUGGUAUGCGCUUCUUUGGCGAUUACAAAGCCCGAAAAGGGAUAAGUCUUGGUAAAUAAUACUGGGGAUGGGUGGUCACCGAGGAGAGUAGUAUGGCCGGCCGAAGGAGGGAUCUUUGGGAGGAGCACGCCUGGCGACAGAUUGUGGUCAGCAACACUCGAGAGUGCAAGAAGGGGAGAGAAAAUGAAGCGGAAAUAAUCACAAAAAAAAGGUGGAAGGGAAGGAAAUGGCGAGGGAAAUGGUCGGGACUCUGAGGAUGUUUCUCUUUUUGUUUUUUUUUCCAGGAUAGAAAGAUGGGCAUGAAAUGGGUAGAUAAAACGGGGAAGGAUGAAUAGACAGAAAGACUUACCAGAGGUUUGGAUACCUUACAGAGUCCCCAAUAGAGCAAUAGAGUCCCAAGGAUAAAAGAGG